AUGGCAUCCACCACGGGAAACUGUCUUUGUGAAGCUGUUCGUUAUGAGAUGUACGGAAAACCGAUAAACUCCGCCGUCUGCCACUGCAACAGCUGCCAACAGUUUAGCGGGUCCGCCUUUAUGGCCAACUGCUGGUACAAGGAGGAGGACUUCAAGGUCGUCCGUGGUCAGGAGUGUAUACGAACGUACAAUGAGGAAGGGACAACGACCGGCGGCACGAUGAAGCGCUCCUUCUGCAAGACCUGCGGCUCUUCACUCUUCCAGCAGACGGCCGGCUUGCAGAGGGCGAAGAUCAUUUCUGUGACCAGCGGGACGAUGAACAAUCGCAGUCUUUGCCAGCCCGGUCUGGAGGUGUGGUGCUCGAAUCGUCGGGAUUGGGUCUCUUUGAACCAUAACGGGGAGAAGCUCGAUCGACAGUGA